CUGACGUCAUUCCGGUGGACGCUGGGAUUCGGAAAGGAGCGCGGGGUUUGCAGCUCCCGGGGUCAGGUUGGCGGUGAGCGGUCCGUGUUAGUGUUGCCGCGGGAGCUCCAGCCGCAUCGCCCUUGGCCCGGGAGCCGCCUCCGGUGGAGCUUCCGCCCGCGACUCCCAGCCAGUGUCGCCGCUCUAAGUGCCUACUGUGAGGUUCCUGGUUCAGAAACGAUGACAGAGGUGCUGGAUCUCCAUGGACAGGACUCCGAUGAGGGUAGUGAGGAGGUGGUCCUAACGCCUGCAGAGCUCAUCGAAAGGCUGGAGCAGGCAUGGAUGAAUGAAAAGUUUGCCCCUGAGCUCCUGGAGAGCAAGCCUGAAAUUGUCGAGUGUGUCAUGGAACAGCUAGAACACAUGGAAGGAAAUCUCAGAAGAGCCAAAAGUGGGGAUCUGAAGGUCAGUAUCCAUCGAAUGGAGAUGGAGAGGAUCCGCUAUAUCCUGAGCAGCUACUUGCGGUGUCGACUCAUGAAGAUAGAGAAGUUUUUCCCUCACAUCCUAGAAAAGGAGAAAAUGCGACCUGCAGGGGAGCCUUCCAUCCUUUCUCCAGAGGAGUUUGUCUUUGUCAAAGAGUAUAUGGGUCACACGGAGACCCAUCUUAAAAAUGUUGCCUUAAAGCACAUGCCUCCCAACCUGCAGAAAGUGGACCUCUUGAGGGCAGUUCCCAAACCAGACCUAGACUCAUAUGUGUUUCUGAGAGUGAAAGAACGACAAGAAAACAUCCUAGUAGAACCAGAAGCAGAUGAGCAGAGAGACUAUGUUAUUGACUUGGAGGAGGGCUCACAGCACUUGAUCCGAUACAAAACCAUCGCACCUCUUGUUGCUUCUGGAGCAGUUCAGUUAAUAUAAAACAGCACAAACAGGCCUGAGGAUGUGGAAUCAUGGACAACAUUAGAAACCCUAUUUCCUUUUGUGUCUAAGAAUAAUGGAGUCACGUUCCAUACAGUAGGCUUUCCUCAGCAAUGUGCGGACUACUUGGCCACAGAAAAAGAAUCAAUGUGGAUUCCCUUUACCAUACCCUUCUCCUAACUCCCUACUGUUCUAGCCAGCACCAGCAGAUGGGGCCAUCGCUCUGCUUGUAUACACAGCAAAUAAAUGGACUGUCAGGUG